AUGUCAAUUGUAAAAGAUCAUGAUAUGGAUGGUACGGGACGUCAUUCGGCUGGUAGUUCAAGAUUUAGACAUAGGAAAAUAUCUGUUAAACAACAUCUGAGGAUAUAUAGACCAACAGAUCUUAAGAAUUUAGAUAAACAAGAAUUACAACAAAGAGAUGUGGUAGAUGUUGAGACAGGUGUAGAAAAAAAUGAAGAGAAAGAAGUCCAUUUACAUAGAAUUUUACAAAAAGGUGCGAGUCAAAUAAAUGGAAAGGCAAAAGAAUAUAUUCCAACACCUGAUGUAUUACCAGAUUGGCCUGAAUUCGAUAAAUUUUAUUCAAAUCAUUUUCAUGAACCAAGUACUUAUAUUAAAUUUUCUGCUACUGUUGAAGAUUGUUGUGGCUCAAAUUAUAGUAUGGAUGAAAAAGAUGAAAUCUUCUUAGAAGAACAAUUUAAUAAACAAUUGAUUGAAGAUAAUUCCAAAACUACAACAAAAUUGAGCGAGGAUGAAUUUGAAAUCCUUUGUAGUGCUUUUGAAAAUGCUAUUCAAGAUAGACAACCAUUUUUAAGUAUUGAUCCAGAAAGUAUCUUAUCCUUCGAUGAAAUUAAACCUACUUUAUUGAAAAUUGAUUUAGGUGAAUACGGUUUAAGAUCUUCAUUAGCAAAACAAUUGAAUUAUACCGAUGGGAAACGAUUUUUAACUCAAUUUGAUCCAGAAUCACAAAUUAUGGCAAGACCAUUGAUUAAUUUAAUUGAUUUAUAUGGUUCUCAAAUUUAUGAUUAUUGGAAAAUUAGAAAAAUUGAAUCUAAUGGUAGUAAUAUUUUUCCAACUUUAAAAUUUGAAAGACCUGGCGAAAAAGAAGAAAUUGAUCCAUAUGUUUGUUUUAGAAGACGUGAAGUUAGACAUCCAAGAAAGACAAGAAGAAUAGAUAUUAUCAAUUGUCAAAAAUUAAGAAGUUUACAUAAAGAAUUGAAAAGAGCUAAAGAAUUGGCAUUGUUAGUAGCACAAAGAGAACAAACUUCUUCAUUAUUAUUAAAGAAGGACUCUGAUGUGUUUGAUGAUAGAAUUAAGAUUAAAAACUUGAAAAGAAAAUUGAACAUUAGAGGUGAUGAAGAUGAUUUGAUUAAUCAUAGAAAGAAACAAGUCACAGUAAUGACAAUUGAAAGAAGGAGACAAAUUGAAGAAGAAGAAAUCCUUGCUGCUCAAUUGGCUAAAGAGAAAGCCGCUACAGAGGCUGCUGAGCUUGCACAAGCUAAAGCAGCAGCUACAGCUGCCACUGCCACUGCUACAUCAAUAGGUAAUAAGAAAUUAUCAUCUAAGAAUAGAGCAUUGAAGAAACAUUUAGAACAAUUAUUGAAAUCUGGCGAGAAAUUAACUAAGCAACAAAUCCAACAAUUACAACAAUUACAAAGAGGUAAAUCGGAUAUUUCUUCUAAGAAUUUAAAAAAAGAAGAAGCUUUGUUACAACAGCAACAACAACAAAAGUUAUUACUUUUACAACAGCAACAACAACAGCAACAACAUCAACAACUAUUGUUGCAACAACAACAAUCUCCAAGCAUUUCUUCUCAUGUCUAUGUCAAAUUACCAUUUUCUAAGAUUCCUGAUAUUGAAUUGGAUGAUGUUGAUAAGUUAUUAUCAGAGAAAGAAAAAAAUGCCAAAAGAUUUGUUCAAGAGAGAAUGGAAAAAAGAAAAUUGGAAGAUGGAAAUACUUUCUUCAAUUUAACUGAUGAUCCAUAUAACCCUGUAUUUGAAAUGAAUUUACCUGAAAAAAUAAAUUCUUCAGAAUCUGCUUUUUCUUCUAUUGCAUCAUCAAAAUUUGUUAUUGAUAAAUCAUUCUUCUUACCAAAUUUAGAGAAAUUCAUGAAUGGUACUUCUGAUGAAGUGAAAAUAUUUGAUAAGAAUGGUGAUAGAAUAUCGGAUAUAUUAAACAAAGAAUUAAAGAAAGUCGAAUUAUACAAUCCAUUCGAUGCUCAAAAGGAAUUACAUUCAAGAGAAUAUCCAGUUAAAUUUAGAAGAAGAAUUGGACGUGCUGGGAUCCAAUAUUUGGAUAGAAAACCAAAUAUGUCAUGUGCUGAAGUAGCCAACGAGGAAUCAAUGUUAAACGAAUUCAUAGAUUUUGAUGCAGUAGAUAAAGAAGACAAUGAUUCUGAUGCUACCAUUGAUGUGUAUGAUUCUCAAUCGGAUCAACUCACAAGAUUUUAUGAUAAAUGGAAAUACGAUUCACCAAAGACUGGUGAUUACGGUACACCAUUUUCUAAUGAACCUUCAAGAUUGAAUAAAUUAUCUAAUAAUACUCAAGUAAUUAGAUUUGGUACCAUGUUAGGAAGCAAAUCAUAUGAUCAACUCCGAAAAUCAACAAUGAGAUAUCGUAGGGAUUAUAUUAACAGAAUCAGACAACAGAGAGUACUCCAACAACAACUUCAACAACAGCAACAACAGUUACUGCAACAACAACAGCAACAACAACAACUCCAACAGCCUCAAUCACAACAACCUCAGAAUAAUCAAACCACAAACCAGGAAUCCAAACCAAAGAAGAAAAAUAACAAGUCGCCCAGUAAGAAUUCCUCUACCAAGACAACGUCUGAUCAUAUCAUUAAACAUGAAAAUAUUGAUACUGCGCCAUCAACCCCUAUACCAUCUCAAUCUUCAUCCGUUCCUCAACAGACUUCCUCAUGA